AUGCAACUUACUAAGAUCUACACUGUCCUCUCCUUCGCCGCCGCUGCUCUGGCCGCUCCGGCUGUCGAGAAGUAUGAGAAGAGAACCGACUCAACCUCCUGCGCCCAGGGCCAAGGAACCCUCGCCUGUUGCGCUCAGAAGCCAGAGCUCAAGCCCUCUUCCAACCUUGGUGCCAACCUUGCUCCAGUUCUUGGAGGUCUCCUGGGUGUCAUCCCAGCCAUUCUGCCCUUGAUCGUCCCAACCGUAUCUGUUGCUGCUCAGUGCGUUGCUAUCAUCGCUCAAAUUGAAGCUUGCGCUACUCCCAACAUCUGCUGCUUGGCUCCUUCAAGCGGAAACACCAACAGUGCUGGCCUUAUCCAACUCCUCUCCAACAACCAAAUCGUCGUCUGCCCUGGUGUCACCGUCUAA